GACAGUUCAAGUGAGCAAGAUGUCAAUUGAGGUUAUAAGAAUCAAAAUAUAAAUAAAAUAUUUUUAAAAUAUUGAACCAAAAUGCAAAACGAAAAACGUCUACGUUUUUUAUCAACAUCCAAAGUUCUUUUUAGUUCUGAUAGCAAAAUUGAAGAAUUGGUUAAACAUGAAAAAAGUGAUAAUGACAAGGAAUCUAACCACAAAAAGAAAAUGUCCACUUUAUGGACCUUCCUGAAUAUAGAAUUGACUCGAGACUACCAGCUGGACAACUCGGAAGACAGGUUUUCUCUUAGGAGGGAGAAAAUAUAUUCUUUUAUGAAAAUUCCAAAAGAGGUUGAGCGCUUUAUGCUGUAUGGUUUUAUGCAAUGCGCAGAUGCAUUUUUAUUCGUGUACACCUUUUUGCCCAUGAGGGUUUUAUUGGCGUUAUGGGCUCUGAUGACCAGACCGUUUUGUAAAUGUUUUGGGUUUGGUCGAAAAACUAACAAAUGCAUCUUAACACCUGCUGAAAUCUGUGAUCUACUCAAGGCUUUGAUUCUUUUAGUUUGUAGUAUAAUUAUGAUGUACUUAGAUAUAAAUAUGCUGUAUCACCUAAUCAAGAGCCAAUCCGUGAUAAAGUUGUAUAUAUUUUUUAAUAUGUUGGAAAUAGGUGAUCGAUUAUUUUCUUCGUUUGGUCAAGAUGCCAUUGAUUCUUUGUUUUGGACAGCCACAGAACCAAGAGGAAGAAAAAGAGAACACUUGGGAACAAUACCUCAUUUAUUGUUCGCUAUCAUUUAUGUUGUUCUUCAUGGAGUAUUGGUAUUAUUCCAAGCAACAACUAUUAAUGUAGCUAUUAAUUCCCGAAAUAAAGCCUUAUUAACAAUAAUGAUGUCAAAUAAUUUCGUAGAAUUAAAAGGCAGCGUUUUUAAGAAAUUCAACAAUAACAACCUAUUCCAAGUUUCCUGCAGUGACGUACGCGAGCGGUUUCACUUAUGUAUUCUGCUGUUCAUGGUGAUCCUUCAAACGAUGCGUGAAUACUCCUGGAAAUCGGAGCGUUUUUGGGUGAUGUUGCCGGACUGCAUCUUCAUUCUCUUGGCGGAAAUGUUCGUCGAUUGGAUCAAGCAUGCCUUCAUAACGAGGUUCAACGAACUCAACCUAGACGUGUACAGGGAUUACACAACCAGUUUGGCGUAUGACGUUGCACAAACUAGACAAAAACACGCCUUUUCUGAUCAUUGCGACCUAGUCGCCAGACGUAUGGGAUUUAUACCGUUGCCGUUAGGCGUCGUUAUAAUUCGCGUGUUGUUUCAUUGCGUUAAUAUAGAAGAUUUAGCUUCUAUUGUUAUUUUAUUUUUUGUAUUUUUGUUUUUGACUUCUUUGAAGGUUUUAAAUAGUUUAUUGAUAUUAGCAAGGGCGUGUUAUUUGAUUAGUCAGCACAAGAUGGACAAGAGCCUUAAUUCUCCUAAUAAUAAUAGAUGUAAUAGUCCUCUAGUCACCCGAAGUCGGACUGAUACAGCUACGAGUCCAUUACACCCUAUCGUGGAUCAACCUACCCUUCGACCAACUAUGCUUUUUCAAGAGAUUGACGAUAAAAAGGACGAGAAACGUGAUGCACCACCAAUUCCGAAAGAUUUGGGACCUGCUGCUAUUUUUGCCAACAGCAACGUGGAUUUAAAGAACGCAACUCUAAACGAAGAACUUCUUAAAGUGGAAGGCGAUGACAUUAAAAUCGAAACACUCGCUGAAGAUGUUACCAGAAGUGUUCCGAAUAUAAAAUCAGAAUUGCCCGAAGACGAUAUUCCACAAGAUAGUAUUACAGAAGACACUUUCAAGAGAUCAGAGUCUGAACCUAAUUUAAACAAAAUGGAGAAUGAAAAUUGAGAUUAUUUAUGGAAGUUUAUUUUUGUACCAAAGUAAAGUUGUUGAUUUUUAA